UAUCCUUGAAUUCCACUUACAGGAACACUUCACACUGAUGGCAGCAACAGGUUCACCGUCUGAAGAGGACUUGCUUUGUCCUCAGUGCAAGGGGAUUUACUGGAUUCCCGUUGUCUUAAAUUGUGACCACAAUAUCUGUAAACUUUGUUUACAGAAAUUCUGGGAAUUGGAAGGAUGCAGAGAAUGUCCUGUGUGUCGUGCCGUGGCUGGGACUGGGAGGCCUCCUGUCAAUUUGCAACUAAAGAUAGCUUCGGACAAAUAUCGAACACAGAUGAUGACCGGGAAUCUGGAAGUUUGUUGUAUUCACUCCGAGAAGCUUCAGUUUUUUUGUCACAGUGACGACGAGCCCAUCUGUCUCGUCUGCCAAACAUCAUCAAAGCAUAAAGUUCACAAGUUCGGCCCGUUGGAGGAGGCAGCACGACAGAAAAAGAAAGAAAUAUCAGACAUGCUGGAGCCCUUCAAGAAAAAGCUCAGAAUGCUAAACAAGACAAAGGGGCAGUGGGAGGAAACAAGGAGCUACAUACAGACCCAAACCGAUCAGUGUGAGAGAGCGAUUAAGGAGGAGUUUGAGAAGCUACACCUGUUCCUGUUAGAGGAGGAAAACACCAGGCUGACGGUGCUCAAACAGGAGGAGGAAGUGAAGAAGCAGGUGAUGAGCGAGAAGCUGGAAAACCUCAAGGACCAGAUCAAAACCCUCUCCGCCACCAUCAGUGAUAUCGAGACGGCCCUCAGAAGGAGGGAUGUACCUUUCUUACAGGACUACAAGCAGACAAAGAAAAGUGUCAAAUGUGUCAUCCGGGAGCCGGAGUGCAUCAGAGAUAUCCUGAUCAACUCUGCACAACAUUUGGGGUUACUGGGGUACAGAGUGUGGAGGAAGAUGGCUGACACCGUCAAACAUGUUCCCAUCACUCUGGAUCCAAACACUGCUCAGUCCAACCUGAGGUGCUCUGAGGAGCUGACCUGUGUGCAGUACAGCAAGAAGCAGCUCCUACCUGACAACCCUGAGCGCUGCACCAACCGCGUGUGUGCGCUGGGUGCCACCGGCUUCACGUGGGGAAAACACAGCUGGACUGUAGAUGUGGGCCAAGGCAAAGACUGGUACAUCGGUGUGGCCCAGGAGUCAAUCAACAGGAAGAGCGCUGUCUUCCUCAACCCCACUGAGGGAUUCUGGGUGAUCGGCCUGCUAAACGGAGACUCAUACUGGGCCGAGACCUCGCCUCGCACCAGGCUUGUGUUGAAACACAAGCCUGAGAGGAUUACUAUUAAAGUGGACUAUGACAGAGGGAAAGUAGUCUUCAUUAAUGCGACUGAUUUGACAACAAUCCACACGUUCCAUGACAGAUUUACAGAGAAGAUUUUCCCCUAUUUCUCCCCUGGGCUGUAUGAUGAGGAAAAAAUCUCCAGCCCAUUGACUAUCUGUCCUCUGUCAAUACGUGUGGUGUUAGAAUAAGCUCACGCGCUGCAGGUGGCUUUACGUUGUAGCUGCUACAACUGGAAGAAUAAGGAACAUGCUGCAUGGUUCAAAUAUUGAUUGCACUCCUGUCCUGGGCCUGAUAGUUCAGAAGGUUUUAAGCGGAUAAAAAGGAUUUGUCCACUUUUUUUUCUUCCAGCUCACUUUUGUACCGGCUUUUCAAAAAAAAUAAAAAAAAGAUUACCUGAUCCAGCUUCACACUCUUAAGGAUGAUCAAAUCCCAAUUUAAAGUGCUUUUUAGCCAAUGUAUGUUUCAUCACACUACAUAUACAGUAAUUGUCCACAGGGGGUCCCAAAAUCCAUAGAAAGAUCCUCAGUUACUUUUUUUUUUUUUUUUUACUCUUAAUGAACCAUUUAAUGCUUGAAACAUUUUAGGACAGAAAAACUCCUUUAUUAUUAUUUAGCCCUAAAUGUGAAGCUCAUCUACCUUGUCACUGAAACAUUACAUUAUUCUAGUGGGGAAUGUAUUUAAACAAUGUUAUAAAAUAUCAACUACCUUUUAAAAAUGUUGCUUUUGAACAACCCAACUUCAGGUUUUAAUCCUAUCCAAUAGCUUUAAUCCUGUUGGUUUGCUUUUUAGAACAACAGGGCCCUGAACAUUAAGCAUCAAACAGUAUGAUACUGUGUAACAUGACUGUUAUGAAAGCACUUAUACUGGAUCAAACAAAAAGGACUACUUC